AUGCAAUCUUUGUCUGCAUGCAUUUUGGCGGCUCUUGUAUUGCUUACUGUAGGUCUGCCAGUUUUCGAGGACAAUGAAGUAAGGAUUCUUGUUUUGCGGAUUAAAAUUUGAAUUUGAGAAUUUCCGAAAAAAAUUGGAUUAGAUUGGAUUAAAAUUAUAUAGAAGCCCUGGAAAAUUUCAACAAUUUUUUUUCUAAAAAUAUUUUUCUAGACUAAAUUUUACAUCACUGGAGCUAAAAGAUCUAGAAAGCCUAGAGGGCCCAGAAAAUCAAAUUUUUUUACAGAACACAUUCUACGUUCCUUUAACUGGGCUCGAAAGAAGGAUGGUCAGAAGAUCUGUGGUAAGAACAAUUCUCUGAGAUCUGAAAUCUUAAAAAAUCUGAAAUUUUCAGCUUGAUGAGAUGAACAAACGCGCCUUUAACCAACACCAACAAUUGGCGAUUCCACGUGGUGGAGCAAUGGUGUCAGGACGUGGAUGGAUGCCUGGAUUUGUUGACACACCAAGAUUCUUGUACAAAAGGGUGAGCUUUGAGGCUUCAGCGCUGAAUCUUAAAAGAAUUCCGAAAAUUAUCAAAUAAUCUUUUUUGCAGUCCUUGUAA